AUGGGUUGGCUGUGGAAUAGUAGUAGCCCGGCUACUGCUGAGCAGGCACAGAAAACGGAAUCUUCACCUCCAGCAAAUGAUUCGCAUUCUUUACCAUCCAAUCCUGCCACGGAACAGUCCACGCCUCAGGUGAAGCCGCUUGGCCGUGACGAGAUCGCAGAGGCCGAGUUCAACGAGUUGUUGAAGUCACUAGAUAACUCUACAUCAUCCGCCGAACAGCAUGCGCCAUCCACGUCUAAAUCUAGGACCUCUAAGCCGCUGCCCUCACAAUCAAUUCACUUCGAAUCUCCGUCUACCCAAUUUCAGUCCGAUUCACUCUACCCUAAAACCAUGUCUUGCCGUACCGCUUUCGAUUACGCAUACUUCUGUCAGUCGUUUGGAGGCCAAUGGGUGAACGUCUAUCGAUAUGGUGAACUACGGUCGUGCAGCGAGCAUUGGUCUGACUUUUGGUUCUGUAUGCGCUCAAAGUCGCUUCCUGAUGAGGAAAGGGAAAAGGCUAUCUCUGAUAGAUACAGGCGGAAAGCUAUCAAGUAUAAGACUGGCCCUAGUAGUGAAGAUAUCUGGGAACUAAGAAAGGAGCCAGUUGUGGGGGCAUUCCAAGGCGAUUAUCUCGCUUUUGAGAGGGAGAUGGAGCGACUAAAACAGCGGGAAAAUGAUGCAAAGGCUAAUGGGGCCAAUACUAUGGAAGCAUGA